CCCUACAUCCUCUAUCAUCUUUAGCCUCUAGCGGCCUGCCCUUGAGAGAGCCAAAGGACAAACCAUAAACUUCUAUCUUUUGUUCAGUGAGGAAACCUCCCCCCCACCCCCCCAAAAAAAAGAAAAAGAAAAACAUCUCUUCUUGGGCAUGCAGAAUUUCCCUCCAGUUUGGGUUGAUAAUUUGCUUUGAAGCAUGGAGGGUGGGCACUGUUGGUGACUGUUGAGAGUAUUGGGUCCCCCAAUUCCAUUUCUUUACCUUUUUGUUCCUUUUGGUUUUCACAGAAGAUAUUGUCUGCCUCGUUCUCUGAAUCCCAAGAGAUGGCUCACCUUAUUGUUUCUUCAAUGCUCAUGGGAGGAGAAAUCAUUUGGGGUUCUCUCUAAAUCCCUUCUCUCAUUCUCUUUGUUAUUCAGACAUACAGUUUUGUGAAGGAGAUUUAUAUUAGCUGUCUGUCAGUCACAGUUGCAUUGAGAAUUAAAAGUUUCUGAAGAAGAGGCCUGACUGCAGGUGCUUCUGGCCUGUUAUGAGCCGGAAAAGUAAUGCCUUACUUGGUUAGUCUUCUUGUUGCAAUUACUGAUAAAUGAUAACUGCAUUAUAGUACCUUCUGAUCCUGAAUCCCGAUCACUCUUCUGGGUCACCUACAAUUCUCUAUACUUGCUCUUCAAACCUCUGGAAGAUGGAGAAAGAUAAAGAAAACUGAGAGGACUUAGAUUCCUUGUUUUCUUGUGGUAUUGAAGACGAGAGAAGCCGGUGGAUAUGUCUUCAAAGCUUCUACAUACCUUGUCAGACGAAAACCCAGAUCUGCAGAAGCAGAUUGGGUGCAUGAAUGGAAUCUUCCAGCUCUUUGACCGCCACCAUUUCCUCGGCGGCCGACGCAUCAAUGGCCACACCCACAAGAGGCUUCCUCCAGGGCAAGGAAUGGAGCCAAACAAUGCACCACAUAAAGCUAAAUUGCAGGAGAAAAAUCCUAAGAAAUUUGUGAAAGAGAAGCAGAGAAUCUCGACUGAAUCGUCCAGGACAUCCUUUUCAUCUUCCUCCUGUUCGUCAACCUUCUCGUCUGUUGAUUGUAAUAGAACAGCUCAAACAGAACCCUUAUCCCUCAGCCACACCGGUUUCCCCAACACCCCUUCGCGAGACUUGCCCAUGACCCAGCCAGAUGCUUCUCCUCGGUUGGGCAGGCAAUCGCUUGAUCUCCGAGACAUUGUAAAGGACUCAAUCUACAGAGAGGCCUGUGGGUUAUCAGUUAAAACUGCAAGGAAGAAGGAGGCAGUGAGCCAUGCUGUCAAGCACAUUGAUUCUCCCAGGCCUAUGCAGCUGUCCAAGGAGCCAAUUAAAGUUCCUGUUCUUGAUGAAUCACUUAGAACUUUUGGCAAGCUUCGUGGACCACCCAGGAACUCCAAUGAAAGAAAGGAUGGUUCCCUGGUUUUGACACCAAGGGAUGCUCCCCGGUUCUCUUACGAUGGAAGGGAAUCACGAGACACAUUCAAAUCCGCUAUAAAGCUCAAAGACUUCCCGAGGCUAUCACUGGACAGUAGAGAGAGUUCCAUGAGGGGUUCUGCCUCUGAACUAAAAUCAAAUUAUCUGUUGAGGGAUUUGCAGAAGGGAAAUGGUAACUCCAGCAAAAUGCUGAGCCCACAGCAAGAACCAGGAAGCAAUAAAAGGCCAUCUAGCGUUGUAGCAAAGUUGAUGGGGCUAGAUGCUUUCCCAGAUUCUUCUAUGUCAAUCAAUGAUGGCCAGAUGGAAGCCUGCCCAGAUGGAGACACUAACCCCUUCUCAAGAUCAUCAAAAGCAGCUGGAGAAAGCAAGCAGCAUCGAAUUUCUGGAUCCCCAAGGAAUUCCCACAAGGACCCGGUUUCACCUCGGUUGAGAAAUGCUGGUUCAGUUAUGAAGCCCACCUCAACUUCAAGGUUUCCCAUAGAACCAGCUCCAUGGAAGCAACUGGAUGGAAGUCAAGGCCCUCAAAAACCAACCUUCAAGCAUCGAGAAGCUGCCACAAAGACCCUGAAUUCCACCCCUUCAAUCUAUGGUGAAAUUGAGAAAAGAUUGACUGAACUCGAGUUCAAAAAAUCUGGUAAGGAUCUCAGAGCUCUUAAACGAAUACUUGAAGCAAUGCAGAAGACUAAAGAGACGAUAGAGGCCAAAAAAGAUCAUAAUUCAAAUUCUGUGUCUCAAACAAGCAACAGUUUGGGUUGCAGCAGUCCUGUUCGGAGUUCAAAAGUAGCAAAUUCUCGCAACUUACAAAGUAACAGUCCAAUGUCUGCCACAAUCAGAGGGACUAGCUCUCCAACUAGCUUUAAAUCUCCAAUUGUGAUCAUGAAACCAGCCAAACUUAUUGAGAAAUCCCAUAACCUGGCUUCCUCCGCAAUCCCCAUUGAUGGUUUAUCAGGUCUUCCAAGACUCCAAACUGGUGACUUAGUAGGUAGCAGAAAGGAUUCAGUUGACAAGCAAACAGCUAAAGAUCUGACCCCAAGAAACAAGCAUCUUAGAGAGCCUUCAAGCCAACCCUCUCGUUUACUGGAUAAGAGCUCCGCUGACAGAAGUUCAAGAUUGACAAAGACUUCAAAAGUUCAUCAAAAAAUUACUGAAGAAAACACAAGCAGCUCAGGAAGGAACUCUGGAGCUGUGAGCCCUAGACUGCAACAGAAGAAGCUCGAGUUGGACAAGCAAUCUCGUUCUACAACUCCAUCACCGGAGUCCAGCAGGGUCAGGAGGCAAUCCAGUAGGCAACUGACAGAACCAAGCUCUCCUGCUAGAAAACUCAGACAAAGAGCUCCCAAUUUGCUGCAAAGUGAUGACCAAUUGAGUGAAAUCAGUGGUGACUCUAGAAAUUUGAGUUACCAAGGUGAUGCAAAUUCUAUACAAUCAGAAAGCAACAUUAGCUUGGUCUCACAGAUUGAUAUAGAAGUCACAAGCAUUGAUAGAUCUGGUGGGAUAAAUAGCAUCUCCUUCCAGCAUGGUGGCCAGAAGCAUAAAAAUGGAGAUGGUACAAUGACAAAAUUCGCAACAGCUACACAAGAACAACCAAGUCCUGUCUCUGUUCUGGAUGCUGCAUUCUACAAAGAUGACUUGCCAUCUCCAGUGAAGAAGAUAUCAAACGCUUUCAAAGAUGAUGAAACUCUGAAUUAUGAUGAGAUGGAGUGGGCUACAGUGGGCCUAAACCAUUUAUAUGACAGCUCAAGACCAAGCCUAAGCUCUGACAUCAAUCACAAGAAGUUGGAAAACAUAGAAAACUUGGUUCAGAGGAUUAGGGAACUAAACUCCACUCACAAUGAAUUCAGUGUGGAUCUCAUUGCAUCUCUCUGCGACAAGACAAAUCCAGAUCACAGAUACAUUUCUGAGAUACUGUUAGCAUCAGGUCUCCUCAGAGAUUGCUCUGGCUUGAUGAUCACUAAGCUCCACCAAUCCAGCCAUCCCAUCAACCCCAAACUAUUUCUUGUCCUGGAACAAAACAGGGAUGUUGCCAACAUUUUAAAUGAUAAGUACAGCAGCCAAAACACUGCCCAGUCAAAACUCCAAAGAAAACUCAUAUUUGAUGUAGUCAAUGAAAUCCUAUUUCAGAAAUUAGCUUUCACAGGUUCUUCCGAGCCUUGUUUCUUACCAAAUAAGAUAGUUAGGAGAAGCCAGAAUGGACAGGAGCUCCUGAGGGAAUUAUGUUCAGAGAUAGAUCAGCUCCAAGGUAACAACUCAGACUGCAGCUUAGAGAACGAAGUCUCAUGGGAAGAUAUCAUGCAUCGCUCAGCCAACCGGGCAGACUUUCAUGGCGAGGUUUCAGGGAUAGCAUUAGAUGUUGAGCGCUUAAUCUUUAAAGACUUGAUUGGCGAGGUUCUGAAUGGCGAGGCAGCUCUAUCACGAGCCCGGCCUAGAGGGCAUCAUUACAGGCAACUGUUUCCUAAGUAAUUUGCAGUCUUUCCCUUCUUAAUUUCUCUAUGUAUUUCUUUUCCUUUCUUUUUCUUAUUUUUAUUUUUUGUGUAAAAGCAUAACCACUCAUGACAACUGCAGCUCUUUACUAGCCUGCAAAAAAAGCCUAAUGUAGAUGUCUAUAAGAUACAUGUUCACUACAGUCAAUAUACAUAAGAGUGCUUUUAGCCCUUUUA